AUGGAAGCAAACCUCGAUGACACUACAUUGCAAUCAUUAGAUAGUUGUACCAUCAACAGUCCUAGUAUUCAACCAAAUGAUACCUCUGAUGGCUCAAUUGCACCAUCUGGGGAUUUGUACAUUCUUAAGCCUCAUAAACAAGAAAAUAUAGAAUCCAAAAUUGUUGCGCGGCUAUCUCCGGAAGAUGAUGAUAUACCUACCAUUUUAUCCCCUAAACCAAUUAUUGCCAAAGUUCCCAUGUAUUCUGAUAAGACUCCAAUAUCCACUGAGCACUCUAGACAGCCUGACAACUCUGUCAUGAAUCAAGGUCAAAUCGAUACAAAGGCACCUUUUGAUUCUGUUAAGUCUGCUGUUUCAAGGUUUGGGGGAAUUGUUGACUGGAAAGCCCAUCAUGUGCAGACUAAGGAGAGACGAAAGUUUAUAGAGCAAGAACUGGAGAAGGCACUGGAGGAGAUUCCGUUGUACAAGAAACAAUCCGAGGCUGCUGAAGAUGCAAAAAUUCAGGUCUUAACAGAGCUCGAUAGCACUAAACGACUCAUAGAAGAGUUGAAACUUAAUCUAGAAAGAGCAUUUACAGAAGAAGAACAAGCAAAACAGGAUUCAGAACUUGCAAAACUAAGGGUCGAAGAGUUGGAGAAAGGGAUUGCUGAUGAAGCCAGUUUUGCAGCCAAGGCGCAGCUUGAGGUUUUCAGAGCAAGGCAUGCGGCUGCUGCUUCCGAGCUUAAAAUUGUUAAAGAUGAACUGGAACAACUACAGAAAAAUUAUGCAUUGUUAGUGGCAGAAAAAGAUGCUGCAGUCAAGAAGGCAGAAGAAACCAUUUCUAUGUCAAAAAAAGUUGAAAAGUCGGUCGAGGAUUUGACAAUCGAGCUCAUUACUUCAAAGGAAUCUUUGGAGUCGGCACAUGCGGCACUUCUUGAGGCGGAGGAACACAGAAUUGGAGCAGUUAUGGCUAAAGAAGAAAACACUCUGUAUUGGGAGAAGGAAUUGAAGCGAGCAGAGGAGGAAUUAGAGAAACUAAACGAGCGUAUUUUGUUGGCAAAAGAUCUCAAAUUGAAGUUAGAUACUGCAUCAACUUUACUGGAGGAUUUAAAAGCUGAAUUGACAACUUACAUGGAAUUGAAACUAAAGCAGGAAACUGAGGAAGGAAACUUGAGAGAUGCACCGGUAAGACCAGAGAGAAAAACUCGUGAUGAUGUUCAAGUGGCUGUUGUUUCAGCAAAGAAGGAACUUGGAGAAAUGAAGCUCAGCAUUGAGAAAGCAGCAGCUGAAGUUAGCUGCUUGCACGUGGCAUCCAUGGCAUUGAAGUUGGAACUGGAAAAAGAAAAAUCCGAACUUGCUGCCAUUCAACAGAGGGAUGGAAUGGCUUCGAUUGCGGUUGCAUCUCUUGAAGCCGAGCUGAGUAGGACGAAGUCGGAGAUCGCUCGUGUUGGGAUGGAGAAAGAUGAAAUGGAGAAGAUGGUUGAACUCCCCGAGCAACUACAAGAAGCUGCUCAAGAGGUAGAUGGAGCACGAGCACUUGCCCAAAUGGCUCGUGAAGUACUCCAGAGGGCAAAGGGGGAAGCAGAACAAGCAAAAGCAGAAGCAAGUACUGUAAAGAGUAGACUGUCAGCAGUUCUAAAGGAAAUAGAAGCAGCUAAGGCUUCAGAGAAGCUGGCAAGUGUUGCUAUUAAUGCAUUGCAGGAGAGUGAUUUAUCAGAGAAUCCGCCAACUGGAAUAACACUCUCUUUAGAAGAAUAUUACGAUCUUAGCAAACGGGCUUAUGAGGCAGAAGAGCAGGCUAAAAUGCGGGUGGAUGCUGCCAUAUCCCAAAUUGAGGUAGCAAAGGAGUCCGAAUCAAGGAUCUUGAAUAAGCUGGAAGAAGUCAAUCAUGAAAUGGCCGAAAGAAAGGAUGCAUUGAAAACAGCAUUGCAGAAAUCCGCUAUAGCCGAGAGAGGAAAGUUGGGUGUAGAGCAAGAGCUAAGAAAGUGGAGAGCAGAGCUUGAACAAAGGCGUAAAUCUGGCGAAUCUGUGGCAAAGCAGAGUAGAAGUCCAAAAACGAGCUCUGUGGGUAAAAUGGAACUCCAGAAUAUUGUCGUAAAGUCUGAUGCAUCUUCGUUACAUCAGAGAUCAAGUCCAAGGGCAUACACGAGCAGCAACGCAGAGACAGAUUCAUCUCCAGAUGUAAAAGUUACCAAGAAAAAGAAGAAAUCAUUGUUGCCGCGAUUAUUCAUGUUCUUGGGCAAAAAGAAAUCACUGGCAUCUAAAAAAUCUAUGUAA